AUGGACUUGCCUGGAUAUGUACCGCCUGUAUAUGAAAUAUCCAAGCAGUGCCAGGAAGAAGCAGAAGGGACCAUGUACCCAGACCAGCCGGACAAUCCGAACAACGAGCACAAAUGGCUGUACUGCGAGAACCACAGCGGGGACACUCUUGGAUAUUUUGGAUGCGUCUGUGACAAGACACAAGAGUUUGGCCGCAACCAGUACUUCUCCGCCGAUUGCAUAUUGAGGGAAUUGGUCGGUGACGACAAAAGAAGGCGUGCGUACCGUGCCCCCGCCCCAAUGUUUCUCAAGCAGUACUCUUCAGGCUGUAUUGGUAAGACCUUGAUCGAUCUCACUGGAGCCUGGGCUCAGUACAAUCCGCAUAUCCCAGUCUCCACUUCUACCACUGCGCAGCCCACCACCACCACGAGCUCUCAACCUAUUAUGCCAACUCCGACGGGUCCGGCCGAUGGGCAGAUACCAAUCUGCGGAAUCCCACAGAAAUGCAUGACGACAAAGCCACAGGGCGAGGCGUUAUGUGUCAUGGGCGAUCUAGACUGCAUCUGCAAGGCCAGCAACUCGCUCGAACACAACACCGAGUUCAACCAGCAGUGCGUUCUCGACGCUUGCUACGGUGACAUCGGCAGAGAAGAGUUCCUUGACAGUCUCUUUUACCACUGCAAGAAGGUAGACAAGGAGCUCACCGACAUACCGAAACGAUGGGAGCCCUACCUUCCAGCCACCUUCCCUUCCGCACCCGACUCGACGACCAGUGACCCCAAGAAUCCUGCGCCUGCUCAAGCCGGUGUCAAGCUCAACGUCCAAUCCAUCGUGGGCAUUGUCAUCGGAGUCCUUCUCGUCCUCUGCAUGGUUUUCGGAUUGCUGUGGCUCUGGUGGAAGAAGAAGAGGGAGGCCAAGAAGCUGCGCGUCGAAAACGCUCAGAUGCUAGAUGCUAUGAACCCUGACGGCUUCAGCAACAGGAUCCACACUUUGAGGGGCGACUCAUCAAUCCAGGACUUCGCAGAUCUCCGGGGAACCGGCAGUGCAGGCUCGGACGCCGCUGCAUCAAGGCACGGUACCGCGUCUACCUACAACGACGCGACACUCGUUGGUUCGCCGCGGAGCACGACUGCCUUUCCCCUCAGCCCUACAACCCCUAAGAGCCCAAUUCCUGAGUAUGGUACAGCCGAUGAAGACUGCGCCAUGUCGACGUUCGUGAGAUACCCCGGUCAUAAGCCAUACAACGACGGACAAUUCGAGCUACCCAACAACCAACUUCGCGGCAGUCAAGUCAUGCAGGGCCAGCGCAAUACGCAAGAUGACUCAGCGAGCGAGUACAGUGCACGCCGGCCUAGCUACGGCGAUGACUCUAUCGACAUACGACAGGACAGGGAAUCGCGGGCACAGUUUGAACGGAUGCAGCGGGAUGAGUGGGAGAGAAAUGGGGAUCUGGAGCCACGCCACAACCGGGGAGGUGCAUUUUGA